ACGAGCUCCUCCCUGCUAUGGCUGAUUUGUCUGGAGCCCUUUGCAAUGCUCAGAGGAGCGCAUCCACUUUGGAGAAGAUCGCUGCACAGCUGGCAGUGGCUAUGCCCGAGCUCGGCUGGAGCGUUUGUGAGCCCCUGUUCAUGCCCUUGCUUUUGGACCUGGAGGUGCCCAAGUCUUUGAUCGCCAUUUGCUGGGUGAUCAGCCCAUCAGUGGGUUUUUUUCCUUCAGCCUUUCGUUGGAGCUUUGAGCGACAAAUAUGGCAGGAGACCCUUCAUCGUUGUCUUCAGUACAAUUGCUGUCUUGGGCCUUGUGGUCACCCCUCUGAUAGCAUUGUUGUCUCUGAAGGCAGCUGCAAGACCGCUCUCAAUACUCGCAUUCGGCAUGGCAGAUGUAAGUCAUGAUAUGCUGGUCACACCCACACGGGCGCAAAUGAACGACAUCUUUCCGCCAGACUUGGCUGAGUCGCGCAGUGCUACGGUGGCAGGUAUUGCAAAGAUUGUGGCGAUUCUUUGCGCAACUCUUCUCUCACGAACAGCAGCCUUUCUUACUGUGGCCGCAAUCGCUGCUGUGGCAACCCUGACUCAACUCGCAGCGGGCCCCAGCAAAGAGACCAGAGAAAUCGGAGAAAUCCGACAUCAGGGCGAUUCGCCCGAGCCAGUUCCAGAAGCUGAAGGAAGGAUUUGUCCCGCUGGCUUCAGGGACAUGUGGAGAAAAACGAACCGACACGAAGGCUUCUGGGAAAUGUGGCUCUUGCAAUUUGCAGGGUGGCUCUCAGUCUGCACUUGGAGCUUUUACUUCUCAAGUGUGUGGGCAGACAUUGAGGGAACAACACCUGGAACACCAGCGUUUGAUGCUGCUGUCCAUAAAGCUACACAGUGGUUGUUGUACGGAUCUAUUGUUUUCCUUGUCUCUGGAACAAUUCUGCCAUACCUGUCAGGCCCAACCAGUGUAUGUCGAGGUGAGUGGACUGCUAUGUUUGUAGCAAUCUGGAUGAUGAUGCUAACGCUGCUUGUGAUGUGCCUGGCAAAAACUGCUGCCUGGCUAGAAUGGAUGGCAGCUGCAUGGGUUGUCUUCGCUAUGCCAAUCGCUUAUCAAGUCCUUGCCAACGCGCCGUUUGCGUGGUUGGAGAGGCAACCGUCCUUUGAUGCGGAAGCUCGUGGGUUGUUGACGGGAAUCUUCAAUGCGUCCUUAGCAACAUCCCAGGCGGCGACAGCACUCCUAAGCGGUCCAAUUGUUGCGAGCUUCAAUGGAAAGCUUUGGACUGCACUGGCUGCAGUUGCCAUGGUAGAUUUGGCGGUCUUAACAGCUGUUGCGUUGAGUUCUUUUUCAGCUCGGCUCUGCAAAGGACAGGGUGCCAACUCAGACAACUGAUGGCUCGAAAA